UUCCAGGGAACAUGGCUAAGUCAUAUUGUGCUUCCUAUACAGAAUUAUUUUGUUUGUGUAGACUUGAAUACCGAGGGAUUCGAUAAUAAUGAAACGCUUAACUUUAGUUGUUCUUCUCGUAGUCUUACUCUUAUCAGAUGUCAGCUGUAAGAAAAAAAAGAAGAAGAAGCAGACAGAGCCACCCACAACAUAUAUGACGACGUCGUACGUGACCACAUCCGUGAUGACAACAACACCUCAGGAAGAUGAAAUCAAACCACUCACCACUGAGGACAGUAAAGUCGUAACAGACAGGAUAGAAACCUCAACGACGGAGGCACCGGAACUAGCUGUUAUUACCUCAGACUGGUCUCAAGUUAACGGCACCACACAACCGGUGGUUUCAACAGCAACACCUAGCAUCGACAGUGUAACCACCGAAUCAGGAUCGGCAACUGGAACCACCGAAUCAGGAUCGACAAGUGGAACAUCAACAGGAUCGGGUGCAGUAACAGGAUCUUACGACGAACCAGAAGAAGAAACAGAAGAAGCAGAAGAAGACGAAGGAACCACCUUCUUCACCACAGGAACAGGAACCACUGCUCCCAACACGGGAACCACAGCUCCCAACACGGGAACAACUGCUCCCAACACGGGAACCACAGCUCCCAACACGGGAACAACAGCUCCCAACACGGGAACCACCUUCUUCACCACAGGAACAGGAACAACAGCUCCCCACACCGGUACCACUAACACUGGGGAGACUACAUCCUGGCUGACCACUACUGAGUUUAUUCCCACUCAGCCUAAGACAGAACCCUACACGACAGAAACUGAAGUAUACGGUUCAACCGCACAACCCACCGAAGCUGACUUCAACUUUUGUCCCAAACACACUUACGCUUGUCAGAAUAGACAGAAGUGUAUUGGAAGAGGGCAGGUGUGUAACGGAAAGAAGGAUUGUCCUGGUGGAGAUGAUGAAGAAAGCUGCCCUAUCUUCACUGUUAAUAAAACACCAGCCCCACUUAGCUGCAAAAGUGAAGAGUUCAGUUGCAAGGUCAGAGGAGUUGGCAAGUGCCUGAAAGUAACAGCAAAGUGUGAUGGUCUUCACGACUGUGACGGGGGACUAGACGAGGAGGACUGUGCAGGAAAACUGAAGUGUGUGUUUGACCAUUGGCCUUGCGACGAUGGAUUACGUUGCUAUGCUAAAACAGAAUGGUGUAACGGUGUCAGGGAUUGCAAGGAUGAUUCAGACGAGAGAGAUUGUAAAAAAGAAGAGUGCCCGAUAGGUGACUGGCAGUGCACUAACGGUGACUGCAUUCCUGACAUUUUCCUCUGCGACGGAUUCAAUGAUUGUGACGAUCACAGCGACGAAAAAGAAAAAGUUUGCCAGUAUUACUAAAUAUACUCAUGUUCACACACUAAAACCAACUCGGUGAAGUGGAGAGCAAGUAUAGUGGAAGUUCCCUGAUCAAACUUUGUAUUUGUACUGAACACUAUGCGGUUGUUUAACAAGAAAACUAAAAGUUAUCGAAUCUUAAACAUUGACUUAAACAACAAACAAUGACAUUUUUCAUAUGAUAGUCAGAAAGGCAAUUAAAUUGCACUAAAUUAAAAUGCUUUUGUAGGGAAUGAUUUUCAUAAUGAAAUUUAUAAUUUUAUAAUUUUAUUCAAA